UUUUUCCGCCGUCCGGACGCGUGGGCUUGGGAUGAAGGAAGGGUUGGCAGUGGGUGCAGGUUCUGGAUGAGUUUCGGAGGAGGCGGCCAGGCUGUUGGACAAGGGGGGCGACCCAGUGGCACGUCCAAGGUUCAACACUUUCCCUCCACCACCGAUUCAGAGUUCCGCCGUAAGGCCAGCAGGCAAACUCGAGGAAAAAAAUUUAUCGCCUCGCCAUGGGGAUGCUGGCACGGAUCGCAUGGAUUUGCAAUGAGGCAGAGGCGGUCUGGGCUGCCUCGGCAUUCCGUAUGGCUUUUGAUGCUGCUCACUUCCUCCUUUCAGCCUGCCCAGGUAGACUCAGACGCUGGCUGAUACCAGCAACGCCUCUUUGUUCUCAUCACUCUAUGCUACUCUCAUCUCUACUACGGCUCUCUCAUUUAUGUCUUUGUCGCUAUCUAUUAUUAUUAAUUUUUCCCCGCUCUCUGCUCACCAACUCCAUUUCGCCCUCUAUUCGUUUUCCCAUGUUGAAACUCCCUGGACCACUCAAUUUCAAACCUCAAGCCACGGGUCUGGGUAUUGGCAUGGGCAUGCCUGCAUCAGUUACAAGAGGGCAUCUGCUACGUGUAAGCCCUUUUUGCGAUAUUUCCCCCCUACCUAGGCACCCGCUGCCGCCAGCCUCGCCUGUUGCCUCUGUAUGACGAGCAAAGACAGCGUCAAAUACAGCCUGGCUGGCUUCCUUGUGUCCGAGUCCUGCCAUGGCCUUUUAUUCCCGCUCGGCUCUCGAAAGAGGAUGAGCAGCAAUGAUGCCCAAUUAUAUCGCUUCGAAUCGAGGCGGGCCUAUGAA